UGUGGAAUUGGGCGAUGGCGACCAAAAUGCAUCCAGAAAUGUGCCUGUAUUCAAGUCUUUGUGGCUUGUAUGUCAAUGCUUCUGAUUGUGUCGGGAGCUUUGUCAACCGGUUAUCUCAACAGUGUCAUAACAACCAUAGAAAAACGGUUUGAAAUCGGUAGCACCGUGUCAGGAAUUGUGAUAGCAUCUUAUGAAACCGGGUCCCUUUUAUCUGUGAUUUUUGUGAGUUAUUUAGGAGGGAGGCGUCAUAUACCAAAAUGGAUUGGAUAUGGCGUGGUGACGAUGGGUUUUGGUACCCUCCUUUUUGCUCUUCCUCAUGUGAUAGCACCCAAAUAUACCAUAGAUAAUCAAAAGGAGCAUAAUUUUACUGAUGUGAACAUAUGUCAAAGGACGCCCACCACUAAAAAGGGGCUGUUCCCUGGCGAACUGUGCAUCAAUGAAAAUUCAGGGAAUUGGAUUUAUGUGUUGAUUCUCGUUGCUGCUCAAGUUCUGUUGGGUGUCGGAGGUACCCCCAUCCUGACCCUGGGUACCACAUAUAUUGAUAAUCAUGUUAGAAAGGACCAAGCACCACAAUAUUUAGCUGUGGUAUACGCUACCGGAGCAUUGGGACCAGUUAUAGGGUACGCAUUAGGAGCUUUAAUGUUACAGUACUACGUUGAUACUUUCACUCACUAUGUUCCCAUAACCUCAUCUCAUCCAAGAUGGAUCGGAGCUUGGUGGGGUGGCUUCAUCAUCUGUGGACUACUCAUCUUAAUGUUGGCAAUUCCAUUCAUGGCCUUUCCUAAAGUCUUGGUGAAUGAAAAACGGAAACUCUUAGAACAUAAAGCUAAAGAGGAUCUGUUAACUGUGUCAGAUAGUGCAGAAGAAAAUGUCCAGUAUGGAAAAACCAUCAGAGAUAUACCACGUUCUAUAUUGAGGUUAUUAAAGAAUCCUAUUUAUAUCAUCACCACACUGGGUAUCUGUUGUGAAAUAGCUAUCGUCAGUGGAUUUGUUGUAUUCCUUCCAAAAUAUAUCGAAACACAAUUUGGUACUUCUACAUCCGUCGCUAAUCUUUUUACUGGUGGUAUUGGUAUACCAGGAGCUGUUGUGGGUAUUUUAAUUGGUGGAUAUAUUUCUAAAAGAUUUCAAUUACGUCCUAAAGGAGCCAUCCAGUUAACCUUGGCAUUAAACCUACUGGCUUUGUUUGGUUUUACGUUCUUUUUCUUUCUGGGCUGUGAAAAUCUUAAAAUUGCUGGUGCUACCCUUCCAUAUUUUAAUAGUUCCGGACAUAAGAUAUUUGAUCCCAACUUAACUUCAACAUGCAAUGAAAACUGUGAUUGUUCCAACACUGUAUUAGAACCCAUCUGUGGUAUCAAUGGAAUCACCUAUUUUUCCCCGUGCCAUGCUGGUUGUACCACAUCAUUUGGUUUUAUUGGUUGUGCCUGUAUAAUGGGUCAGAAUUUAAACCUAGGCCAUGAGGUCAUUAUGGCCCCGCUGGCCACUAGUGGACCAUGUAAAACUUCCUGUGAGAACCUCCUGCCCUUUCUAAUUAUGUUGGUUGUUAUGACAUUCUGUGUGGCAGGUGCUCAGAUGCCUCUUCUGAUGGUCACUUUGAGAUCAGUAAAACAAGAGGAAAGAGCCUUUUCCCUGGGAAUGCAGUUUGUUAUUUUACGUCUUUUUGCAUAUGUGCCUACCCCUAUAAUGUUUGGUAAUAUAAUAGAUACGGCAUGUUUACUGUGGAAACAGAAGUGUGAACGGAAUGGAGCCUGUUUAUUAUAUGAUAGAGUAGCCUUUAGAUAUAAAUAUGUUGGGAUGGCAGCAGUAUUAAAAGCUGUAGGGUUGAUAUUUUUUCUAACAGUAUGGGUUAUUUUAUACAAGAAA